GGCUAGUUAGGUGGGACACAGGAAGAUGAAACAGCAAAAAUGUUCUAGCAUCCCUCUUUCAUUUGGGUAGUUUAGCUACAUAAUUGAAGUGAAACAAAACUGCUCGUUACCAGGUCGUGUAAGUUGUCUAAAAGCUAGUUAUAUAAAAUGUUUCUGCAAUGUAUUAAGAGUGCCCAUAUCGUGGUCAUGGAAUUUAAAAUGGCCUUUGUCUGGCUACUUUAGCUAGGUAACGUUAGCUGAAUAACGUAGCCAACGCGUUAUGCCAUAACAGACCUAGCCAGCUUGCAUCGUCGAAUGUAACUUAGUCCAUUCUUUUCUACUAGAUUUUGUCGGUUCAAUUGAACUGUUAGGUUCGAUCCUUCAUCGACCAUGGCAUGGUUCAUAUGUGUCGUCAUACUUUUGCUCUGCUCAAGAAGUGAGCAAUGCACCACUGGAAAUGCCUCAAAACUCAUUGAGCACACAGCUGCCCAUUUUUUCGAGAAAAUGCAAUCAGGAAAGAUGUAUUUUAUAUACUUUGGGAAACAAGUCAAUCCAACCAUAGGUCUCUUCAUUGAACAGCUGGAGAAGUCUGCAGAUGUUCUAGAAGAUUACGGUAUUUCAGUUGCUAAGGUAAAUUGUACUAAUGAACACAUAGCAAAGUACUGCACUGGAAAGAAGCUGAUGAAAAAAGUUUAUUUGUUCAGGGGUGGCAAUGUCCUGAAGAGUUUCGACACAGACACCGUCUUCGACGUGAACGCCAUAGUGUCUCACGUUCUCUUCACUGUGCUUUUUGACGAGGUGAGGUACGUCCAUACAAUUGCUGAGCUACAGUCGGUGGAGAGGGCAGCUAAAGGCAAGACUGAUAUUGUGCUAGGCCAUGUCCAGGUCUUGGGCUUACCAGAGCACCGAGCGUUGAUGGAGACAGCAUUUGUGUACGGAGUCAAGUACCAGUUUGUGCUGACCACAGGAGGCCCAGUGCUGACGAACAUGGGGGUGGAGGAUAUUUCAUCUCUGACAGCAGGUCUGUGGUUCCUGCACUGUAAGGGUGCAUCCCAAUCCCAGCACUCAGACCCCUGUCCACACACGGCCCUAAGGAGAGCCCUCACCACCCUCCACAUCUACACCUUCCUCCAGCUGAUGGAAGCCCCACUGGUGGUGAGAAGCCAGAGUGAGGCCUCAGUGGAGCCCUCAGAGGUGAACAUGGUCCACAGCCACCUCCAGGUGCCCCUGCUCUUCCUCUUCUCUCAGCCCCACACGGUGGCCCUUGACCGGGUCACUGCCCAAACUCUAGCCUGGAGGCUGAGAGGCCAGGUGGGCCUGGUGCUCAUCCACAGAGAGAGUCCUGAUGUAAAAAUCCCACUGGAAUACAAUGCUGCUUACAGACUACCAGGAGAGGGUUCAGAGGUCAAGUACCUGAUUCUAAACAAUCUAGAGGAGGUUAUCGACCUGUUCAGAGAUGAGAGCACUCCGGAGGAGGAAGAGGACGAUGAUAAUUGGGCCACUCUUGAUGUGCUUGAUGAUGAGGUGGCGGAGUCUGUGUACAGAGACAGGGGCCAGAGUCUGGACAUGGAUGCUGUCACAGAACUCACUGCUGACACGUUCCACAGCGCAGUGGCAGAGAGUGACUACACGGUGGUGCUGUUUUACGUGAAAUGGGAUGCUGUCUCCAUGGCUUUCAUGCAGUCCUACAUAGAGGUGUCAGAAUCCCUAGAAGACGCUGACAUCAGCGACGUGGAGCUGGCUGUGCUGGAUUGUGGGGAGUGGACUGACGUGUGCAGCGCUCAGAAAAUCCGCUCCUUUCCCACCGUCCGUCUGUACCGCCCACAGGAGCCUAACCAGCCCUACCAAGGCAUGCUGGGUACUGAGAGCCUGAACAGGUUCAUCAUGCUGAGUCGUCUGGUGUCCCCUGUCCUCCUGUCCUCUCCUGAUGAGGUGACAUCAUUCCUGGAGGGGGACCUGUACCAGCGACAUGCAGCUAUCGCCCCUGUCACAGUACUAGGCCUGUUCAGCUCCACAGCAGACGCAGGUGUGCCAGUGUUCAAGGAAGCAGCAAAAGCACUCAGAGGAGAGACUAUGGUCGGGUUGUUUGCUGACAGACAAGCAGAAAUAUGGGCUGUGGAGUAUUCUGUGACGCUGCCUGCCAUUCUGGUGUCACGAGGACCUACAGGCCAAACUGAGGCUCAUUCUCUCAACCUCUCCAUGCCGGACCAACUGGUUACACACAUCCAGAGAGCAUUACUGGAUACAUUUCCAGAAUUGACAGUGGAGAACCUGCCCCUGUAUCUGGAGGUUAAAAAAAAACUUCUGCUGCUCUUUGUGGGAGAAGAGGAGAGUGGGAGGAAAGGGAACAAGAGAAUAUUGGAUGAUAUGAGGAGUCUGCUGAACACAGGACUGCUCAACCCCUACCUGCCCUGCUGGAUCCAUCUGGGUCGUACCCCUGCAGGUAAGGCUGUCCUGGAGGCAUACCUGGGUUUCCUGCCCCUGCUUCCUGCCCUGGUGGUCUCCCAGCUGGCCACAGGAGGAGAGGUCUUCCACUACCCCACUGGCAGACCCUUAAUGGUACAGCCCAUUCUGCAGUGGCUGCAGAGAGUGGAGGAUGGUGAAGAACCACCUGCAGGUGUUAUUGUGGAUGAUAAAUGGAUGCCCUCCAUGCCCUUCUACGACUUCCUGUCCGUCAUGGACCAGGAAGUACCGGGCUAUGCCUCCCAGAGGAGCGCUAAGACAAAAACAAACCGGAUUGAGAGAGCAGAGGGAGAGAAAGAGAAGAGCAGCAGUGGUGGUGGUGAAAGACAAGCCCGAACUGGAGCACACAACCCCCAAGGGUCACCCACCACCAAGCCUCCACAGACAUCUCACCACCACUCUGAGCUAUGAGGGGGGAUAGAGCAGCAGCCCUGACCUCUGAAAGCUGGAGGAAACCAAUGACUGCUUUGAUCAAAAUCACCUCUAACAGAUAAGCUACACUGAAGCUAUUAGAUAGUGAUGGCUUUAUGGGCUGUGAGAUCCACUGAGCCUCCUAGUAUGUGGUUUAGCUGUUUUACAGUGCAUUGGGAAAGUAUUCACACCCCUUGUCUUUUUCCAUAUUUUGUUAUAUUACAGCCUUAUUCCUCAUCAAUCUACACACAAUACCCCAUAAUGACAAAGCAAAAACAGGUUUUUAGACAUUAUAGCCACACACAAAAAAUACAUUAGCAUAAAUAUUUAGACCCUUUACUCAGUACUUUGUUGAAGCACCUUUUGCAGCGAUUACAGCCUCCAGUCUUCUUGGUACAGUAUGACACUACAAGCUUGGCACACCUGCAUUUUGGGGAGUUUCUCCCAUUCUUCUCUGCAGAUCCUGUCAAGCUCUUUCAGGUUGGAAGGGGAGUGUCGCUGCACAGCUAUUUUCAGGUCUCUCCAGAGAUGUUAAAGUCUGGGCUGUGGCUGGGCCACUCAAGGACAUUCAAAGACUUGUCCUGAAGCCACUGUAACUAUUCCCCAGGUCGUUGCUGUAAAUGAGAACGUGUUCUCAGUCAACUUACCUGGUAACGAGUACUUUUGGGUGUCAGGGAAAAUGUAUGGAGUAAAAAGUACAUUAUUUUAUUUCGGAAUGUAGUGAAGGAAAGUUCACUGCUCAAAAAAAUAAAGGGAACACUAAAAUAACACAUCCUAGAUCUGAAUGAAUGAAAUAUUCUUAUUAAAUACUUUUUUCUUUACAUAGUUGAAUGUGACAACAAAAUCACCCAAAUUUAUCAACCCAUGGAGGUCUGGAUUUGGAGUCACACUCAAAAUUAAAGUGGACAACCACACUACAGGCUGAUCCAACUUUGAUGUAAUGUCCUUAAAACAAGUCAAAAUGAGGCUCAGUAGUAUGUGUGGCCUCCACGUGCCUGUAUGACCUCCCUACAUGCCUGGGCAUGCUUCUGAUGAGGUGGCGGACAGUCUGUGGUGCAACGUGGCGGAUGGAGCGAGACAUGAUGUCCCAGAUGUGCUCAAUUGGAUUCAGGUCUGGGGAACGGGCGGGCCAGUCCAUAGCAUCAAUGCCUUCCUCUUGCAGGAACUGCUGACAUACUCCAGCCACAUAAGGUCUAGCAUUGUCUUGCAUUAGGAGGAACCCAGGGCCAACCGCACCAGCAUAUGGUCUCACAAGGGGUCUGAGGAUCUCAGACCUAAUGGCAGUCAGGCUACCUCUGGCGAGCACAUGGAGGGCUGUGCGGCCCCCCAAAGAAAUGCCAGACUGUCACGUCUGUCACAUGUGCUCAGUGUGAACCUGCUUUCAUCUGUGAAGAGCACAGGGCGCCAGUGGCGAAUUUGCCAAUCUUGGUGUUCUCUGGCAACACCUGCACGGUGUUGGGCUGUAAAGCACAACCCCCACCUGUGGACGUCAGGCCCUCAUACCACCCUCAUGGAGUCUGUUUCUGACCGUUUGAGCAGACACAUGCACAUUUGUGGCCUGCUGGAGGUCAUUUUGCAGGGCUCUGGCAGUGCUCCUCCUGCUCCUCCUUGCACAAAGGCGGAGGAAGCGGUCCUGCUGCUGGGUUGUUGCCCUCCUACGGCCUCCUCCACGUCUCCUGAUGUACUGGCCUGUCUCCUGGUAGCGCCUCCAUGCUCUGGACACUACGCUUACAGACACAGCAAACCUUCUUGUCACAGCUCGCAUUGAUGUGCCAUCCUGGAUGAGCUGCACUACCUGAGCCACUUGUGAGGGUUGUAGACUCCGUCUCAUGCUACCACUAGAGUGAAAGCAUUCAAAAGUGACCAAAACAUCAGCCAGGAAGCAUAGGAACUGAGAAGUGGUCUGCUCACCACCUGCAGAACCACUCCUUUAUUGGGGGUGUCUUGCUAAAUGCCUAUAAUUUCCACCUUGUCUAUUCCAUUUGCACAACAGCAUGUGAAAUGUAUUGUCAAUCAGUGUUGCUUCCUAAGUGGAAAGUUUGAUUUCACAGAAGUGUGAUUGACUUGGAGUUACAUUGUGUUGUUUAAGUUUUCCCUUUAUUUUUUUGAGCAGUGUAUAUUCUAACAUUUUUUUGGUGUAUAUCUAUCCAUCUAUGUCCUUAAUCAGUAUAAAGGAGGAAAUGUUGCUUACUUGUUGAGCAAAAUCAAAGCUGUAAUGCUUGCUGGUUCAGUAGGGCCCCCCAGAGACAACUGCAGGUUGGUGAUCUUGCAGUCAACAAACAUAUUCUGGUAGACAGACCUUGCACUCUUAACAAGCAGGAGAUGCUGCUCUUGCUUCUUCAGCUUGGCUGAUUCAACAGCUUCCGGCAGAUCUGAAGACCUGAUAGUUGUUCCUCUGGCACUGCCAGCACAGGUCUGUCCUGGGCUUAGUGCUUGACAUGCAGGGCAGCAAUUUUCUCCACAGAUUCUUGAAGGAAGACAGCCCGACUACAAGUAGCUCUGGAAAACACAGAAAUAAUGUGAGAUUAAUAAAAGUAGUGCCAAUCAUGUUGGAGAUCAAUUAAAUAAUCAAAACAUGUUUAUGCUUUACAUACCAAGUGUUGCCAUCGAUUCCUUGUGGAGACGCCACACUGCUGCUAUUGUCACAUGGGAUGGCAGCAGCUUUCCACCAAAGUGUUUGUGUCCUGGGUGGCGUCCUGGUAAUAUGACUGGUGGAGGAGAGUCAGGCGUGUUCUACUGAUGCUGAAAGACAAAUUCCAUAUACAAAUAUUUUAGCAUUAUUAUACAAUUGAUGCAAAAUGGCAUUCUGAGAACAUCCCUACACACAGUUCAUACACGUAAUGUUAGCUAGCAAGCCAGCCAGCCAUCUAAUGUCAGCUAGCUAGCUAACAGCAAAUGAUAUAAUCAAUUUUAGAGUAAGGCUGUAACUUAACAAAAUGUUAAAGUCAAGGGGUCUGAAUACUUUCCGAAUACAUACAUACAUACAUACAUACAUACAUACAUACAUACAUACUGUACAAACAGAAAUACUCUUCAGUUUCAGCUGUCCGGGUGGCUGGUCUUAAACGAAUCAGCAGGUGAAUAAGCUAGAUGUGGAUGUCCUGGGCUGGCGUGGUUACACGUGGUCUGCGAUUAUGAGGCCGGUUGGACAUACUGCCAAAUUCUCUAAAACGAAGUUGGAGGUGGCUUAUGGUAGAGAAGAAAAACAUUUAAAUUAUCUGCCAUAGGCUCUGGUGGCCAUUCCUGCAGUCACCAUGCCAAUUGCAUGCUCACUCAAAAUUUGAGACAUCUGUGGCAUUGUGUUGUGACAAACGGCACAUUUUAGAUUGGCCUUUUAUUGGCCCCAGUCCAAGGUGAACCUGUGUAAUGAUCAAGCUGUUAAAAAAACUUUAGAGAAAUAAGCAUUUUGUGCAUAUGGAACUUUUCUGGGGUAUUUUAUUUCAGGUCAUGAAACAUGGGACCAACACUUUACAUGUUGCAUUUAUAUUUUUGUUCAGUAUAGUAUGUUCUGUGGAUGGUAUUAAACUGCAGUAAAUUAUG